CCCAAUUUCGCACAGGAUGCGGCGCGGGGGGACCACAGCCCAACCAUACCGAGCCGACGACCACCACCACGUCGCAGUCGGUUCACGUUUACAGUCUUGGUUGUGUGCGGUGUCGCAGCCGGUUGCGCCGGAACCACGUGUUUGUGAUGGUAUUACAUUGCUGAACGCUGAUCGUGUCUGUUCAAUAAGUUUUUGCCAACCAUGGGUUCGAAGAAGGGCAGCGUGGGCGACGUGAGCCAAAGCUCGGGGGUGAAGAUGAAGAAGGAACUGUCGCUGAUGGACGGCGUCGCGAUCAUCGUCGGCGUAAUAAUUGGGUCAGGGAUAUUCGUGUCGCCGAAAGGGGUGCUGAAGUACUCUGGCUCGGUGGGUGCCUCCGUACUGAUAUGGAUCUCGUCGGGCGUGCUGUCGAUGAUCGGGGCGUUGUGUUACGCCGAAUUGGGUACAAUGAUUCCAAAAUCGGGAGGCGACUACGCCUACAUCAGCGAAGCGUUCGGUCCUCUUCCCGCCUUCCUUUACUUGUGGGUGGCGCUGUUCAUCCUGGUGCCGACCGGGAAUGCGAUCACCGCCAUCACCUUCGCCCAGUACAUCCUGCAGCCGAUCUGGGGUCCCGAUUGUCCCGUCCCGUACGAAGCGGUGCGUCUCCUGGCAGCCGCCACCACCUGUCUUCUCACCAUCAUCAACUGCUACAACGUCAAGUGGGUGACGAGGGUGCAGGACAUUUUCACACUCACCAAACUGUUCGCAGUGUUGAUCAUUGUCAUUGCCGGAGUUUAUUAUUUGUGCAUUGGGCACGUUGAGCAUUUCGUCGAUCCCAUGAAGGGCACGGAGUGGGGCCCCGGAAAUAUCGCCCUGGCCUUUUACUCCGGUUUGUUCUCGUAUUCGGGGUGGAACUACUUGAAUUACGUCACUGAGGAGCUCAAGGAUCCUUAUAAGAAUCUUCCAAAGGCGAUUUGCAUUUCAAUGCCAAUCGUUACAAUAGUCUACGUGGUGACCAACAUCGCCUACUUUGUGGUGCUGAGCAAAACAGAAAUAUUGGAUUCGGACGCCGUUGCUGUGAAUUUCGGGGACAAAAUGUUGGGAACCUUUUCCUUCCUGAUGCCCUUCUUCGUCGCCUGCUCCACCUUUGGCUCCUUAAACGGGGCGAUCUUCGCCUCCUCCAGGUUGUUCUUCGUAGGCGCACGUUCCGGACAUCUACCCAGAGCCAUCGCCCUGAUAGACGUCAAAAGAUUGACGCCGGUACCAUCGUUGGUCUUCAUGUGCCUGAUCACGUUGGCCCUUCUGAUCACGGAGGACGUGUACGUCCUCAUCAACUUCGUGUCAUUCGUCGAGGCCCUGUUCAUCACCAUCAGCGUGGCCGGUUUGUUGUACAUGCGUCGCACGAAGGCGACCCUCAAUCGACCCAUCAAAGUGAGCAUCGUCUUCCCCAUCAUCUUCUUCAUCAUCUGCACCCUGCUGAUUACGUGUCCGUGCGUGAAGAGUCCGCGUGAGAUCGCGAUAGGGGUGGCGUUCACCGUGGUCGGCAUACCCGUGUAUCUAGUGACGAUCGCAUGGGAGAACAAGCCCGAGUGGCUGGUUAAGACUUUUAACGACUUUAACAAUGCGUGCGCCAAGCUGUUCAUGUGCGUGACCGCCGAAGAUGAAAGCUAUUACAAUUAAUGGACUGAAUAAAUGAAUUGUGACUCUGUACAGUAUUAAAUUUAGGAUUGUGGAAGUGCCUUCUUCCACCUUAGUAAUUUGCUAGAGUUAUUUUUUGUUUUAUUUAUUUUGUAUUAAGUUCGGGGAACUUAACUGUAAAACAAUUGUAUGUAGAACCUUUAGGAUAAGCGUUUAAAGACAAUAGUCCUGGUGGAUUUUUAGGACAAGGCCCAAACUAAUUUAUGUAUUCUCGAAUGACAAUAUUUAAUUUAUUUUAUUUAUUAUUCAUUGGGUAUGUACAACUUUUUUAGUCGCUAGUUAAUGUACAGUUUAGCGUUUGUCUCAGUACAUUCCGAAUUAUUUUUUGUAAUUAUGUUAAUAAAUCUACAUUUUAAAAACA